AGAGGCCAGUAUUGCGCGAGGGCUCUGCGUAAGCGCGCGUAUUGUUCAAACGUUCGAAAUUCGAAUUUAAAAUCGGAUUCGGUUUUCUUUUUUUUUAUUAACAGUGCAGUUUUUUUAUAUUUCUUGAAACAAGUUAUGUGUUUAGUGUGGAUUAACCCUAUGUAGUGAAGAAAUGAAGGAGGAAGAAACGACGGUGGCAACUGACUCUUCGAUAUCGCUUGAAAAGACACAGUUCCAGUAGUUGUUUAACAAUUUACAUAUAGUUCAUCGUUAGGUCAUUCCAAUCUUUUUAUCCCAAUGAAAAAAUUAUGGUUGAUGGAUAGAAGAAUAAGAUAAAAGCCAAUAGAAAAUCUAAUAAAAUUGGAAGAAAUGGAAGCAAUGUACUUAAUGAAGAAUUAGAUACUAAGACCAAAGAUGUAUAUAGAAGUCAUGUCUAAUCUGAAAUAUACAGUAUUGUCUCGGCAAGUUUAGUAUAAAAUAGUGCAAAUACCAGCUCUUUAUAUAUGAAGAUCGAUAAUAUAACCACAAUGUCGGUCAACAACGACCUCAGCGACUCCACGGAGUCAGCGCCGAAGUUGCGGAUGAAGCCGGCUGUCAACAAGAUAUUCUGUUGUAGCGUCACGGCUGCCUCGGGGUUCGUGGCAGCAUAUGCUUUGGUAGCGUACGCCAUAGCCUUAAUCUACGAGAUAGUUUGGCUGGUGGAGUCUCAGGCCGGGCUGCCCGUGCCGUCUGUGCUGCUCAUGCUGUGCUACUGCAUUGUCAUCUCCGCUACCGUCACGCUGGUGCAUGGACUCAUCUCGAAAAACAACACAUUUCUAUUGGCGUGGCUGAUAGCGGUCAUCCUUGUCCUAAUACCAGAAUGUGCUCUAGUCUUCUACAUGUCUAUAAGUCAUUGGGGUCUGCAAGGAGUGUACGGCGGCGCGGAGCUGGCGUGCUACGUGGCGCGACUGCCGGCCAUUGUGUGCGGUGUAGUCCUUGUACAGUCCGCGUACGCGUUACGAGAAGCCAGGAAGGGCGACUACGGCAACCCGGCCGCAGUGAGCGGCAGUGAGUUUGACGCCAGCCACUUCGUGCCGGACUCGCCCAGCGCCUUCACAAAUGAUGGCUUCUUGGCUGACAACGGGAAAUCUGGAUCAAUGCCCGACCUCCGCCGUCACCUAGCUUCCCGUCAGUCCAUGAGUAUGGGCUACCCGCCGAUGAUGCUGCCUCAGCCGCCGCCCGCCUACUGGCAACACCUCGCCGACCGGCAGUACGCCGCCAGCCUCAGAGGAUUCCCUAAAUCCUUCGCCCCCCCACAGAACUUCGGCACAUGGGUCGGCCCCAGAACAGGACCGUUCUUCGACAAUCCAUACAAGAGAAGGCAUUCCGUGGUCGGCGCUUUCAACAAUGACGAAUACCCAUCAAAAGGCUACGAUUUCGAAGAUAGAAUGGACUGCAAAAGUGAAAUGGCCUAUCCAUACAGACCGUAUAUUUACGAUCCAAGAAUGUAUCCCCCAGAUUACGACCCGCGGUUCUUCCAGAACGAUCUAUACGGCAACCUGCGGCACGAUCCGUAUCAUUUUAGCGGUUCAAGGGAAAGAGUUUUCUAUGGUAUAAGAAAUAGUCAUAACUCAGUUGGCAAUGAAUCGGAUGAUCUGACUAAGUAUAAGGAUGUAGCUCUCUAGACCCUAAUGAAUGACCCGUACUCUAAAAAAAAAUGUGAGCCGUCACGGGACGCCUGGCAGAUGUGAAACAUCGACAUUAUUAUAAUCCACUAACACCGUACACACUACUGCAUAUAGAAUAUAUAUAUACCAUCAUAUAGCAUGGCGACGCGUCACCACGGCAUGCGUCACCACGCCAGAAAUCGGUUUUACGUGCGGCUAUAGAUGUUUCACACCAAAAUACCUACAUGAUUCUUUUGUACCCUACAACUCCAAGCUAGACUAUAGUUAAAGGCAUGCCUCGCUAUGAAGUCAUUAUGCAGUCUCUCAUUAUCUUACUUACUAUUGAUUCUUAGUUGGUUCAAAUACAAUUAAUAUUACAGGAAUAUAUAAUUCCGAAAAAUAUCUCGAAAUAAGCCUGACUAGUUCUUAAUUAUAAGCUUAUAGCAACGCAUCUUAAAAUAAACUGAUUUAGUUUGGUUUAGUUUGCAUUAACUAGCGAAGCAUAUUCAGACAACGAAAAAUAAGUGUUAGUUUUAACUCUUUAAAUCUAAAUAGUAAAUAAUUCAAGGGUUGUGUCUGAUCGGUGCUUGUGCGUUGUGCCUUGUAUAUUAUAAUGAUAAGUAAGUAUAAAAUAACAUGAAUUGUUUAAAUGAGUGAUUCAGUAAGUAGAUAUUAUAGGUAUAAUGUAUUUUUGAUGUAUGUUUUAUAUUAAUACUUUAAUCUUAUGUUCGUGAACGAUGUGAAUUAAAAAAAGGCAGAAACGAGUUUACUUUUGCGAGAAAAAGCCUGGAAUUUGUUAACUUUUAAUAAUUUUGAUAAGAAAUGCACAAUCAUAUUAUUUAGAUAAGUAGUCAUAGUUUCAAUGGAAUCUAAGUAUUAAUAGUUUUAGCGUGUUACCUUAAUAACCAAAGGAUUGUAAUUUUUCUAAUGAAAUGUAAACGAAAAUCUUCCAGUCACUAUAUUGUUUAAGAGAUUAUAGUUUUUUACAAAUAU